AUGGGCCCACCGCACCGCGCUCGCCCGUUAGUUAUGCUCGCCCUGCAGCCCCAUCACCCCGCAGCCAUCCUCGUCUCGUCCCUUCCCCGUCGCCUCCCCGUCGCGUCCCUUCCCCAUCGCCUCUCCGUCCCGUCCCCUCCCCGUCGCCUCCCCGUGGCAUCCCCUCCCUAUCGCCUCCCCAUCACGUCCCCUCUCCGUCACCUCCCCGUCGUCUCCCCUCUUCAUCACCUCCCCGUCUUGUCCCCUCCUCGUCGACUCCCCUUCCCCUACACGUCGCAUCCCCUCGCCGCCCUGCAGUCCGCCAGCUCCGUACACCAGCCCCGUCACUAG